GGUUGUUUGGAGGAUGGUGAAUAACAAAAAUUUCCUAUCCAUGGGUGCUCAUACAGUCGAAAAGGACGAUCGAAUACAAGUAGCGUCAGUCAACUCUACCUCCUGGUAUCUUCACAUAAAGAAUGUGACGCAAAAUGAUUCCGGAUAUUACGCAUGUCAGAUCAGCACCAGUCCGGUAAAGAGCCAAGCAGGAUACCUUGAUGUUGUUGAGCCUCCUGAAUUCGUGACCAACAUGACCGACAGAAACGUGACUGUGAUGGAGAAUUCGAAUACGACUCUUUUCUGCAAAGCUACCGGAAAUCCGCCACCAGUCAUUAAAUGGAAAAGAGAAGACGAACAGCCUUUUCUCGUAGGACACGAUCUAA